AUGAUGAAGGUGGAGGUGGUGGAGUCGACGCUGGUGGCGCCCAGCGAGGAGACGCCGCGGCGGGCGCUGUGGCUCUCCAACCUCGACCUCGCCGUGCCCAAGACGCACACGCCGCUCGUCUACUACUACCCGGCCCCGGCCCCGACGCCCGACGGCGAAAACUUGGACUUCUUCUCGCCGGAGCGGCUCAAGGCAGCGCUGGCCAGGGCGCUGGUGCUCUUCUACCCGCUGGCCGGCCGGCUCGGGCGAGAGGGCGAGGGCGGGCGGCUGCAGAUCGACUGCAACGGCGAGGGCGCGCUCUUCGUCGUCGCCAGGGCGCCGGACGUCGCCGGGGAGGACCUCUUCGGCAGCGGCUACGAGCCCUCGCCGGAGAUCAGGCGCAUGUUCGUGCCCUUCGUGCCCUCUGGCGACCCGCCGUGCCUCAUGGCCAUGUUCCAGGUGACGUUCCUCAAGUGCGGCGGCGUGGUGCUGGGCACGGGCAUCCACCACGUGACCAUGGACGGCAUGGGCGCGUUCCACUUCAUCCAGACAUGGACGGGGCUCGCGCGGGGCCUCGCCCUCUCCGACGCUUGCCCGUCGCUGCCAUUCCAUGACCGGACGCUCCUCCGCGCGCGGUCACCGCCGCACCCCGAAUUCGACCAUCCCGUGUACUCGCCGGCGUACCUCAACGGCGCCCCACGGCCCUUCGUCACCCGCGUCUACUCCAUCUCCCCAAAGCUCCUCACCGACCUCAAGUCCCGGUGCGCGCCCGGCGUGUCCACCUACGGCGCCGUGACGGCGCACCUCUGGCGGUGCAUGUGCGUGGCGCGCGGGCUCGCCCCGGGCUCCGACACGCGCCUCCGCGUGCCGGCCAACAUCCGGCACCGGCUGCGCCCGCAGCUCCCGCGCCAGUUCUUCGGCAACGCCAUCGUGCGCGACCUCGUCAGCGUGAAGGUGGGCGACGUGCUGUCGCAGCCGCUGGGGUACGUGGCGGACAUGAUCCGGAAGGCGGUGGACCAUGUCGACGACGCGUACACGCGGUCGGUGAUCGACUACCUGGAGGUGGAGUCGGAGAAGGGCAGCCAGGCGGCGCGCGGGCAGCUGAUGCCGGAGUCGGACCUGUGGGUGGUGAGCUGGCUGGGGAUGCCCAUGUACGACGCCGACUUCGGGUGGGGCGCGCCGCGGUUCGUGGCGCCGGCGCAGAUGUUCGGCAGCGGCACGGCGUACGUGACGCAGCGCGGCGCCGACAGGGACGACGGCAUCGCCGUGCUGUUCGCGCUGGAGCCCGAGUACCUGCAGUGCUUCCAGGACGUCUUCUACGGGGAGUGA